AUGAAGAAAUUCCGAAUUUUAAAGAAACAACUUUUCGACACUUACUCAGGGAAAUUGGUUUUCGAUGAAACAUGGGUGAACGCGGGUCACACGGUUUCCAAAGUAUGGACAGGUACAACCGUAACCACCGCUAGAAACGCUUUUAUCGCUGGUCAACUAGUUUUUGAAUCAAAACAGACAAAAGAUUAUCACGAGGAGAUGAAUGCUCAAGUUUUUGAAGAGUGGUUCGAAAAUAUUUUACCUAGCUUAGAAAAUGGCUGUGUUAUUGUGUUGGAUAACGCAUCCUACCAUACCCGAAAGCUUGACAAAACCCCCACAUCUGCCACAAAGAAAGGGGAUAUUCAAAACUGGUUAAUGACCUUGUUGGUUCACUUGGUUAAUGACCUUUAUCAUAUCUUGUUCAUAAUGAAUGAUGAUAAAAGCAGAACUUUUGAAAUUAAUCUUAAACCACUUCUUGAUCAAGCAGUGCAAAAUGUCAGUCCACAAAAUUGGAAAAAUGCUGUUGCUCACAUUAUCAAAGAAGAAGAACGCAUGUGGACUCUGGAUGAUUUAAUGGAAAUUCAGGUGGAACCACUUAUUAUAAAUGUUGGCGAAGGUGACGAUAAAACUUCUUCAGAUUCUGAGAAAGAUUAG